AGAAAGCAUAGCCUCCAGAACUCUGUCGGUUCAUUUGAUCGGAUAACAUUCGUUUGGAGUUUUCCCCGAUCAUGACUCGGGCUUCUUUUCCCGUGUUUGUGUUGCUGGUGUUUGCGCUUCAAGCUCUUGCUGUAGAGAGUCACAACUCUGGAUACAGUUUGGUAAGAAAAAGAAGAGAAUGGGUUCUUCCUCCAAAACUUCUUACGGAAAAUGUAGAUUACACUAAAGAGAAGUUGAUUGCUAAGAUUCGAUCCGAUUUUCAAGUUGGCUCAAAUCUUCGCUACUCCCUGGAAGGUGUUGGGGCAAACCAAUAUCCUUUCCAUGUCUUUGUGGUUGACGCCAAUACUGGUGAUGUUAGUGUCACUAAAUUGCUCGACAGGGAAGAGAUCGAUACUUACAACUUGUCUGGUGUUGCUGUGUACAAUAAUGGCACAAUUGCAGAAAAAAAAAUUGACUUACGAAUCAAGGUUGUAGAUGUGAAUGACAACUCUCCAGUAUUUCCAGAUGUUGAUCCUGCUGACGUGGAUGAACUCAGUCCUAAAGAUACCUUUGUUACGACAGUCGAUGCAUUUGACGCUGAUGAACCAGGAAAUGCCAAUUCUCAGAUUGCUUAUAGCAUCAUAGCUCAGAAUCCAGCACAUGAUAUGUUCUACAUAGACAGAAGAGAUGGAUCCAUCUUUGUUAAAAGGCCUGUUCUGGACAGAGAGACAUGUAGUAAGUACAUUCUGACGAUACAAGGUCAAGAUCUAAAUGGUGACCCCCGUGGAAACACUGGAACUACCACUAUUAUCAUAAAUGUCCUUGAUGUGAAUGAUAAUUCUCCCACACUGGAAAAAGAUCAGUAUGAAGGAAGCAUUGAGGAGAACACACAAGGUGUGGAGGUAAUGAGAAUCAAAGCAGAGGACAUGGAUCUACAAGGCACAGACAACUGGGAAGCUGUGUUUGAUAUUGUCAAAGGCAAUGAGGCUGGGUAUUUCAGCAUUAAAACAGACCCCAACACCAAUGAAGGCAUCUUAAUGCUUGACAAGGCUGUGGAUUAUGAGGAUGUAAAGAACCUUGAACUAGGCUUAGCCGUCAGGAACAAGAAUCCAUUUGUUGGAAGUGGAGGUGGUGGAGCAAGUGCAGCAUUUGGAGCAAGUGGAGGAAGUGGUGGAGGUGGUGGUGGUGGUAGUGGUGGAGGCGGUGAAAGAUUUAAAACUUAUCCUAUCAAAAUCAAUGUGAAGAACCAGCCUGAGGGGCCACGUUUCAAUCCUAAAGUCAAAGCUAUUCCCGUCUCAGAGGGAGGGAAAUCCUUUAACAUUAAAAAUGUUAUUGCAAGCUACCCUGCAGUGGACGGGGAUACUGGACAACCAGCUAAGGCAGUCAAAUAUGCCAAAGGCUCAGACCCUGACAACUGGCUAACUAUUGACCCAGAGACAGCUGAGAUCAAACUGAACAAGAUGCCUGACAGGGAAUCUCCAUACCUGGUCAAUGGGACAUAUACUGCCAAAAUACUCUGCAUUUCAGAUGACAUGCCUGGCAAAACAGCCACUGGUACGAUAGCCAUCCAAGUGGAAGAUUCUAAUGACCACUGCCCCACCCUGACCAGCAACUUCCAGACUCUGUGCACCACAGCAAAUGCUGUAAUUGUGAAUGCUAAUGAUAAAGACGCAUAUCCUAAUGGCCCCCCUUUUCAGUUUGAGAUCAUCCCAGAAAACACAAAAGGGAAAUGGAACAUGGAGCAUCUAAAUAACACUGCAGCUAUCUUGCGGUCUCAGGAGGCUUUUUGGCCUGGUGUUUAUGAAGUGGAAUUUGUGGUGAAGGAUCAGCAGGGACACGCCUGCCCUGAACCUCAGAGAAUGACGGUCCAAGUUUGCACCUGCGAGGAUGGAGUUGUGUGUGGAAAGCGAGGCAGCAAUGGUCAUGCUAGCAAAACAACAUCAUUAGGACCUGCGGCCAUUGGGCUAAUACUAGCGGGCCUACUACUGCUCUUAAUCAUUCCUCUGCUAUUGUUCUUCUGCCUAUGUGGAUCCGCUAAACAGUUUCCAGACCUCUUUAGUGACAUGCCUGACUGUGAGACCAAGUCACACCUUAUUAACUACUGCACCGAAGGGCCGGGAAAAAACACGGAAGUGCCUCUAGUGAAUUCACUCCAAGAAGUGGAUAGGAAUCCCCUCCUUGUGAUUACUGGCACAGUUAAAAAUGUAGCAGUGGCACCAGCGGGAAGUUUGGAUUACGAGGCAUCUCUCACUAACAUUAAUGGGAUGAAAUGGGGCACCUAUCAAGAUGGUUUUUCAACUGACUAUGGACAAGAAAUGGGGGGUUUCACUGAUUUCCAUUCUGAGUUUGAGACCAGAGAAUCAAGUCAAGGUGGACUUUUUGAUAGCAUGGCCCUGCCACAUUACUUCCUGGCACAGUAUUACUCUCAGAAGACAGCCAGUGGAGAUGACAACCUUGGCGUGAAGGAUGGUUUGUUGGUGUCUGAUUAUGAGGGCCAAGGGUCCUCUGCUGGCUCAGUAGGCUGCAGCAGCAUUUUGGAGUCAGACAAUGACCUUCAGUUUCUUGAUGACCUCGGACCAAAGUUCAAGACUCUCGCAGAGGUGUGCAGAGGCAAGACAAUGUCUUGUGAUGAGAAACAAGUGCUACCCCCUACCCCUAAUGCCUACAUCAAUACUCAAACCUCAGUAUCAAGUUCGAUGAGUGCACAAAAGCUCUCCCCUCCACCCAAACUGGAGCCUGCCAUCUCCAAAGUGGAGCAGAGUGUGGUCAUGAAGACAACUGAGCAUUCUGAAAUUGUAAAGGAAAGUACAGCCAAGGUGAAGGAAGAGAUGAACACAAUGAAAGCAGGGUUGGCAAAUCAAGGCCAGAUGCUCCUAAUGCAGCAGCAGCAGCCUGUGUACUACACCACCACUCCUGUGUUGCAGCCAAUGCAUUAUGUAGUCCAGCCACAGGUCCACAACACUGUGCUGCUGGCUGAGGCGCCAACCACCAACCUUCAAGGCAUGGUGCUGGUUAACAACCCACAGACUGGACCUGCCCAAGGAGUAUUCGUUCAAGGGCAGACACUAAUGUCCAGUGGACAAGCCCAGGGCCCUGGAAUGGUGCUGGUGGAGAAUGGUGACACCCAUAGUUGGAGUGAUGGCCUGAUCCAAGCUGGGAGCUUGUCUGGGUCCCAGACCAUGAUGGUUGUCAAAGGCAAGGCCCCUUCAGGGUCAAUGAAAGUGCUAAAGGGGAGCCAGGGUCUUCUUGUUCAGGGAAGUACUCUACUGUCAGAAGGGGUCUCAGGAUCUAAGAAAGUGCUGACAGUUGGCGUGCCAACUAUCAGCAACAAGCAGCUGGUUCAAGAGGGAGGUCUUUCAAAGAAGAGUGAGGUCUUUGGCUCUGAAAAGGUCAUCUACAGCAGGAGCAGCCAAUCUACUGCCUUAAAGGCAAAUCAGUAGAGCAUUCACUAUAGUGACCCACCUACUGGUUUUUAAGGUGACAAGAGAAAAUCAUUAAAUGGCAGAUGAAUUCCUGGACAACUGAUGGCCUUUUUUAGUUUCAAAAUAAUGUAUUAAUCUUGUGCUUUCAGUAUUUUCAUGGGAAGCCUGUAAGAGCAAAUGGUGGUGGUGAAGGGUGGUGGCACGCGCAUGUGUGUGUCUGUGUGUGUGUGUGUGUGUGUGUAUGUGUGUGUGAUUGUGUGUGUGUGUGUGUGUGUGUGUGUGUGUCCUUGAAUUACUUACCUCUGCCACCUCUCCAAGGAACUCCCCACAUCACUGACUGUGUUACUUCUUAAUCCAUAACUGUAAGAGAGCCACAGGCGAGAUGGAGGAGACACACUUGCACGCAGGAAUUUUUUUCAUCCCACAUACAAUUUGUUUACAAAAUACCGAUACUAGUUUAGGUCUGGUUGGUAGUGAGGGCAACCAUAAUGAUUAAAUAAGUCCACAAACACAAACCACUGGGUUAAAGACCCAGAAUCAUCACACUUGUGCUUCAGCCAGCUACAUAAAGGCUUUGCUUUCUUGCCUCUUUUAUUAGUUCAUUUUAUUUCUGCUUUGCUAUAUCAAUGUUAUGUUGAUAUCCCAGUCUCAAUAAAUAUAUUCCUCAAUGCUUCCGCUUGCUUGUGAUGUUCCUACGAAUAUACCAGUAGUCAAUUGCUGUUGCUGUUAGAAGCACUGCAUUUAAAAAUAAAAUAAAAUGUUAAACAAAAAA